UAAAGUUCCUCAAAUUCUAAAUUAGGUUAUGUUUACUUUGGAUACAAUUUUACUUAAUUUUCCUAAAAUUAUUUAGCCAUGAUUCUCAACUCGUCCGAAAAAACAAAACGAUUUUAAAGUUAGAGUGCAACUUUUGUUAUCAAAGUGGCGUGCAUAACUAUGCAGGCAAUCACGAUCUAUUUUGAGAAUAAAAUAUUUCAAAUGGAUUGCGGCCAAAGGUUAAAUUCUGAAUGAAUUUGGUAUGACUUAUUAGUCUAUUUGGUAGAGGGUGACCCUCUGUAGUGAUAAGUAUUUGAUAUGGAUGGAUUUAAGCACAGAGCUGGAGAAAAAAUUGAUGCACUUCACGAUGCUGCAGUAGUUGCCGCUUCAAACAGUAAAGUUCGUUUGGAAAGUGUUUAUCAGCAAACAACAGAUGCUAUACUGAAGAUUCGUGAACUCUUUAACGAGAUCUGGCAUCAUGAGUUAGUAACAGAGGGUCGAGCUAGGGCUGUGGACUGGGGUCGUGAAGCAGCCAAGCGCAUACGAGAAGGGGCUCUACCCUUAUCACCCGCUGUGCUGUAUCAGGAGCUGGUCACUUUAUUAAAAGAUAGAGUAUGGCGUCGCAGCAUGAUAAUAUUUGCAUGUGGAGCAGUUCUCGGUGGCAGCACGGGGCUGGUGAUAGGGCUUCGCACUGCGACCCGAGGCCCUAGUGGGCCCCACGCUAGGGCCCUACAGACACAAGCAGACCAGAGUGUUAUACUUGUCGAGGAUGCUGUUUCCCAUGGUGCGGGUCCGAGCGAAGUCCUAGUCAGAGUGCAGGCCUUUUCGGUGUCAACGAUAGACCGCAGCGUACUGAGGGGUAGGGCUUCGGCCCUCCGGUCUCUCGUUACUCGCUCGCAUGUCACUGUCGGGAGAGGCUUCGCUGGCGUAGUUUUAGACGUCGGCCAAGGCGUAACAGAAUUCGAAAUGGGUGACGAAGUUUGGGGAUGUCUUAGCGAAUGGAGUGGAGGGGCUGCUACCGAACUACUGGCUGUGAGAAGUUCGCGUAUAAGCAAGCGUCCGCGUACGUUGGGCGCGGACUCGGCGGCGUCCCUCCCUUGGGCGGGGUCCCUCGCUCUCAUCGCUCUCGACGCCUUGCGAAUCACUCCCGACUCUUGCAAGGGCAAGCGCGUGCUCGUGGCGGGUGCGGCGAGCGGCGAAGGCUGUGCCCUGAUCCAGCUGCUGGGGUGCUGGGGAGCUCGGACCUCUGCCGCUGCCCCCAGGCAUUCCAGGGACACUCUGAGGAACUUAGGUGCCCAAGACUUCAUGGAGCUGGAAGGCCAGAACGAGCACUCGGCCGCCUCUUGGCUGGUGGUGGAACAGCACGCGAGUCGCACCGGGCCGUGGGACGCUUGCAUCGCUUGCGCCGGGGCGCCGCCCAACCGCCCGCCCUACAACACUUUGCUCAAAGCCACCGCACCCCGAAGAGCGGCGUUGGAGCUUCGCCCUGGGGCUCUGGUGACGGAUCGGCUGCCUUCUCCCCUCUGGGCGGUCUUCACCGUCUCCUUCUAUUCUCUUCGCGUGCUCAGGUGGUUGACGGGCCACGGCUGGCAUUGUGACUGGUUCGAGUCCCGGCAUCGGUUGAGCGACGGACUCGACACCCUGCGCCACCUGGUGGAGGGGGGACAACUGUCGCCCGUUCUCGACAAAGUUUAUUUCCCUCAAGAUUUUGAAGCAGCGCUUGCGCACGCUUGUAGCGACAAAGCGGUCGGCACCACUGUUAUAAGAUUUCCCUGAGACCUAAUGUGAUAUGCACAAAUGUAUUGUCAAAGAAAUGUAUAUUUAUAUGAAAUUAUAUACUUUUAAACGAGGCUCAAAGAAUUGCACAAUUUGUGCUUUUACUUCGUAUUAAUAAAUCAUCAUUUCAUAUUUAUAAAAAAAAUAAUAUUAACUUGUAAAUUCAUUAUUUUACAGAUUUUUUUUUAUAUUUUGUUCUGAAGUAGCGAAUUUAUAAUAAAUCAUACCAGUGCCAUCUAUUCGAUAAAAAACAUAACUUUUCCGGGAUUAUAAAAUAAAAAGUGGUUCUUUAUUUAACCAACUGCGAAAAGUUACGAGUUAACGUAAUGUGUUCAUAAUAUUGUAUUAUUUAUAAUUAUCUUAGAAAUAUGGGAAUGAGAUGUGAUGUGAUUUUCUAUACAUUUAUUAAGUCGGUAUUCCCAAAGAUCGAUACCUAAAACCUAGCACAAUAAUAUAUCUAGUAUAAACGUUAUUCCUACAACAAACAAUAAUAUACAAGUAUUAUAGGAAUCGCAAUUGGGUCUAUAGCUGACUGUUAUGUCUUUAUCACUCUCAUGGUACUAGAAUAAAUAAAUGCGACAAAACAUUCUCGAUGUUUUAUGUACUAAAUGUCCAUUUUCGGUUCCUGAAUAUAUUUUUGUAAAAGGUUUAAAAAAUAAGACUGCGAAAUAGUAAACUGAUUAUGUAGAAAUAAGAAUUGUAAAAAUUCAUUUCAAAUGUCAAUAU